CAUUGAUUUUGUUUCCUUAAGUUAGGCAACCACUUAUACGGCUAAAUUGAUUUCGGUUUCUGAUGAUAAAUGUGUUUGUCUUGUUUUACAACUGGAUUUUUUCGGCCUAAAUUUUCGUUUUGUAGUGACUUAAAUUGAAAAAUAAAAAAGUAGCUGUAUAAUACUGAAUAUUCGUGUUAUUGUGCUGUGAUAUUUUCUACUUAAAGUAUUCUAACCUCCAAAUAUUGUAGUUUUUAAAUUACUCCUUUUUAAUAACCAUUAAUUUAAUGUGUAGAUAUUAUAAAUCAAUGUACUGUAUUUCAGAAUAUAUCAGUGUUGAUAACAGUAAAACUAGUCACAAUGCGUUUACUACUAAAAAUUAUUCGUCGACGUAGUAUACCAGGUUGUUUUUAUUCUACUUCAAGUACCACUGUUGCCCGCUCAAUAUACAUUUCGAAGUCAACGGAUAUUUUUACAAAUCUGGCUUUAGAAGAUUGGUUAUAUAAAAAUUUUAACGUUACCAACCAUGAACUUUUAAUGUUAUGGCAAAACGAACCUUGCGUUGUAAUUGGUCGACAUCAGAAUCCUUGGAUAGAAUGCAAUUUUGCACAGUUGCCCUAUAUCGCAGGCGGCGUAAAAUUAGCCAGAAGAAACAGUGGCGGAGGGACAGUAUUUCAUGAUUUAGGAAACUUGAAUUUAACGUUUUUUACUACUAGGAAGAAUUACAAUAGAAAACGGAAUUUAGAACUUAUAUCAAGGGCGUUAAAAAAAUCAUUUGAAGUCAAUUCGGAAGUAAAUUCAAGAGAAGAUUUAUGUAUUAGCGACUUUAAAAUAUCUGGCACAGCUUCGAAAUUAGGAAGAACAACUGCUUACCAUCACUGUACUCUUUUAGUUAGUGCUGAUAAAGAUAAUCUUAGUCUAGCCUUAAAAAAUAAUCUUGGUGAAUGUACAAAAACUAAUGCUUCCAAAUCAGUAAAGUCACCAAUAAUGAAUCUUACUGAAGAAAAAUCAGAUAUAACUGUCCAGGAAGUGAUGACAGCCGUAAUUUUAGAAUACGGAAACACUAACGAUAUUAAAAUAAUAGAAUCUAUAGAUGAUGAUAUUUUCCCUGGAGUAACUAAUAUUAAAAAUGAAUACUUAAGUAUAGCAUGGCGAUAUGAAAAAACGCCCAAAUUUCAAAUAACGAAAAGUAUAAAUUUUGCACAAAACCAGGAUUUAGUCAUUUUAUUAACAGUUGAACAUGGAAGAGUCUCUAGUGUUGAUUUAAGACAUAAAAAUAAAGACUUAAGUGUAUCGAAAGACUUUAGUGAAAUGUUUGAUUCUUUAAUAGGAAAAUUGUUCUCUGAAGAAGUUCUUAGUGAAUUUGAUAUGCUACUGUGUGGAUUAAGAAAUAGUCAAGAAUGUAAAAGUAUUGUUUGUGAUAGCUAAAUACAAUAUAAUUUUAUUAAUAUCUAUUGUU